AGGGCUGCUUUAGAAGAAGUGGAAGGAGAUGUGACAGAACUGGAACUGAAACUUGACAAGCUGGUGAAGCUUUGUAUUGCAAUGAUUGAUACUGGGAAAGCCUUCUGUACAGCCAACAAGCAGUUCAUGAAUGGAAUUCGAGACCUGGCACAAUAUUCAAGUAAAGAUGCAUUGGUUGAGACUAGCUUGACAAAGUUUUCUGAUACCUUGCAGGAAAUGAUCAAUUACCACAAUAUCCUCUUUGACCAAACCCAAAGAUCAAUUAAAGCACAACUUCAGAGUUUUGUUAAGGAAGAUAUUAGGAAAUUUAAAGAUGCAAAGAAACAGUUUGAGAAAGUCAGUGAAGAAAAAGAGAAUGCUUUAGUGAAAAAUGCCCAAGUACAAAGAAAUAAGCAGCACGAGGUAGAGGAGGCGACUAAUAUCUUGACCGCUACGCGGAAAUGUUUUCGGCACAUAGCUCUGGAUUACGUUCUUCAGAUCAAUGUUCUUCAGUCUAAAAGGAGAUCGGAAAUCUUAAAAUCGAUGUUAUCAUUUAUGUAUGCUCACCUGGCUUUCUUCCAUCAAGGCUAUGAUCUCUUCAGUGAGCUUGGGCCCUACAUGAAAGAUCUUGGCGCACAGCUGGAUCAGUUGGCUGUAGAUGCUGCAAAGGAGAAGAGAGAUAUGGAGCAAAAGCACUCCACUAUUCAGCAAAAGGCUGCUUUGCAGGAUUACUCCAGUGAUGAUACUAAAUUAGAGUACAAUGUAGAUGCAGCCAAUGGCAUCGUUAUGGAAGGUUAUCUAUUUAAGCGAGCCAGCAAUGCCUUCAAGACGUGGAACAGGCGCUGGUUCUCAAUACAAAAUAACCAACUUGUGUACCAGAAGAAGUUCAAGGAUAAUCCCACAGUGGUAGUUGAAGAUUUGCGGCUUUGUACAGUCAAACACUGCGAAGACAUAGAAAGGCGUUUCUGUUUCGAGGUGGUUUCACCAACAAAAAGCUGCAUGCUCCAGGCUGACUCAGAAAAGCUGCGGCAGGCAUGGAUUAAGGCUGUUCAGACCAGUAUUGCUACAGCAUAUAGAGAGAAAGGAGAUGAAUCUGAGAAACAGGAAAAGAAAUCAUCUCCAUCUACUGGAAGUCUAGAAUCUGGCAGUGAGACAAAAGAGAAGUUGUUAAAGGGAGAGAGUGCUCUGCAACGGGUUCAGUGCAUUCCUGGUAACGCUGCCUGCUGUGACUGCGGCUCGGCAGAUCCUCGCUGGGCCAGCAUCAACCUAGGGAUCACGUUGUGCAUCGAGUGCUCUGGUAUACACAGGAGCCUAGGAGUCCACUUCUCAAAAGUAAGAUCUUUAACACUGGAUUCAUGGGAACCUGAACUUCUAAAGGUAUGA